AAAUGGGCAGUAGAAACAUUGAAAUUUGUGUUUUACUUUAUUUUUAAUGUGGACGGGCCUGCUAUUUGGGGGAAUAUAUACCACACAAACAGAGGUUUUGUCUCUCACUAGAGUAGUUGUUUAAUAAAAUAUUAAUUGGUAUGAAAAGACCAGUGCAUUUUUAUGCAUUUACUUUUGCUAAAUUCGAAUUAAGAAUUAUAACUAAAAAAAUAUUAAAGGUAAUCUCAGAUUUUUUUUUUCUUUUGAAAUGGGGUCUUUGAAAACCACCAACCUUCUGAAUGUAAUUUAUUUUUCCAACAGCAGAUGGCAGGCUAGCCGUGGGAUUUGCAAGAAUUGGAAUUGCUGACGUGUAAAUUCCUAAAAGGAGACUGUAUGGAUUUUCCAUGGUGAAAGAGGCCAAUUGAGAAAUAAGUUUUGUGGCGAAUGUAUUUCUUUACUUCUUUUCAAAUAAUAACUAAGUUCACUUCUUUGCUAUCAGUUGACAUUAUUAAUCAAACCGUUUUCUGAAGAAACGCAAAAAUACUUUUCAUAAACUAUGAAAUGAGCGCAGUAAAAGGUAAAAAGCAUUGUCAUACUCGUGUUUAUCAGCUGCACAUCCUAAAUUAUGUAAGCAAUACGUGUUUGUGUCUCAGCUAUAUAUAGUUAGGCCUCAUCCUAUGUUGAAAUGCGCUUUGUAAACAUUUAAUUUCUGACUUUGAAAUUCGAGAGUUUUUUUGCUUUGCAGUUUAAACUAAAACUAUCCAGUGUAAGAUAAAAAAAAAAAGAAGAAACAAACAAAUAUUGUUGGGGAAACAUCUGUUCCAUCGUUGAAAAUGUCAUGGGAUUUUGAAAGGAUGUCGAGUUAAUUGAAAUAUUUGACUUUACCAAGCUUACAAAACAUUAAAUAUUAUGUAGCUACUUUACGGUGAUGUUCUUUUACGGCAGCGCAACACAGAUUUACUACAGUACGUGAAAGCGUCAUAAAACCCGGUGCACAUUACGGUCCGCGGGCGGUCACUUUUAACAGUCUGAAAACCGUCAAUAUAGACAGAAGAGCUGCGAGUGGCUCUGACAGCAGCAGAGGUCGAGAGCGUUUAUGACACAUGUCUCAUGGGGAGAAAACAUUAACUAAAACUAUUUUUCUUGGAAAAAUAUCUGAGACGCUAGUUCUACUGUCACAAUGACCGGAGGAAGUGGUGUCGAGGGAGUUUCAUGCUUUUAACAAACCUCGAUUUUUUUUUUUUCUCUUUUUGGACUAAUGAAAACCCCCCCAUUAAACUUCGAGAAAACAACGAGGCUAUUGUUACUGAAUUGUCAGUGGUGAGUUUUUAUUUCCCAAGUUACAGCAAAGAGCGGCCAGUUAUCAGAUUAACAUCAAGACUUAAUAAAAAAAAAAGGAAGGAAGAAAAACGCCACGAAGGCUUAUUAAUUUCCGAGCUAAUUAAAGUGGAUCUAGUUCAAUCUUGACUGACUUUAUCUGACUUAAAAUCGAAAGACACCUAAAACUAAGCUGAAGUAAACACUGGAGUUACCUGAAGCAAGGUAAGUGACGUUUACAUCUUCUUUUCUUUUUGUUUGUUUUCUUCAAUCGGACAUUUAAAGUUUGUGUCCCGUCACAAACACAAUUUACCCUUGGGCAUCUUCUAGGAAUACUACGGUAAUUAAACUGUAUUCCUGAACUUACAAUUGAACUAAAAAAUAAUAUAUACAUUUAAAAUUAUUUGAACCAAAAUAUUUUAAGUUGAAAAAUGUAAUGGCCACAAUGUUAGUGAUAAAAAGCGUAUAGUCUACCAUUAGGUGAGGUGUGUUUCCGGAAGGAAAUGAGUAAAAUAUAUCCUGGUUGUAUGGCAUGCACAGUGUUGGGAGCUGAAUGGCCUCUGUUGUAGCAGUGAAAAGUGAGAAGCGUCCUGCAGCUGAUUCUCAGGAUGCAGAGUCAAAUGCUAAAAAGCCCAGGAAAUUGUUGCCCAGCCUGAAGACCAAGCGAGCCCCUGAGCUUGUUCUGGUGAUUGGUACGGGGGUGAGCUCUGCAGUGGCUCCGCAGGUUCCUGCUCUUCGCUCCUGGAAAGGGCUUAUACAGGCCCUCCUUGACGCAGCCAAUGAUUUUGAUCUGCUGGAGGAGGAGGAGAGCCGGCGUUUCCAGAAGCACAUGCAGGAAGAUAAGAAUUUGGUGCAUGUGGCCCAUGACCUCAUUCAGAAACUUUCCCCGAGGACGGGAAAUGUUCGAUCCACGUUCUUCAAAGACUGUCUGUACGAAGUGUUUGACGACUUGGAGUGCAAGAUGGAGCACGCAGGGAAACACCUCUUGCGAUCUGUGCUGCAGUUGAUGGAGAGCGGCGCGUUGGUGCUUACCACCAACUUUGACAACCUGCUGGAGAUCUACGCAGCCCACCAGGGCACCAAACUGGAGUCUUUAGACCUGACUGAUGAGAAGAAGGUGUUGGAGUGGGCUCAGGAGAAACGGAGGUUAAGUGUUCUGCAUAUUCACGGUGUUUACACUAACCCAUGUGGCAUUGUGCUGCACCCUGCUGGCUAUCAGAACGUACUGAGGAAUACUGAGGUUAUGCGUGAGAUCCAGAAGCUGUAUGAGACUAAAUCCUUUGUGUUUCUCGGCUGCGGACGCACGGUGGACGACACAACCUUUCAGGCUUUGUUCCUGGAGGCGGUCAAACAUAAGUCAGACCUGGAACACUUUAUGCUUGUGCGGCGGGAAGACGUGGGAGAGUUCAAGAAGCUGCGUGAUAACAUGUUGGACAAGGGCAUUAAGGUGAUCUCGUACGGCGACGAGUACGCUGACCUGCCUGAGUACUUUGAGAGGCUGGCCAACGAGAUCUGCAACCGCGACGUCUCUACCAACGGCUGGGGAUCACCUUCACAAAACGCAGAGGAACAGCAGAAUGGCUUCAGCACACAGAAAAACCUCCUACAGGGCUAAGACCGGAUGCAACUCCUUGAUUCAGAGAAGAUGCCACUUUCAAUAGACAUUUUCAGAAUAACACAACUUAAACUUGGCCCAAAACUCAUUUCCUUAAUGCAUGGAAAGUGUCAGCUGUGACAUUUGAUUUCAAAUUGUUUAUACAGUAUAUAUAUAUAUAUAUUUUUUUUUUUUUUCUCUCAGCAGACUUCGUAAGACUUUUGAAAUUUGUUUCUUUUUACAACAUGUGCUGGCUCUAGUUCACUAAGUGCUAUCUAGUCUAAUAUUUUAUUAGAUGAUUGUUGGGUGAGCUAAAAGCUGUCAGUAUUUCCCCAAUGCUCAUUUUAUUUCAUUUUUAAACGAGUCGAGAUAAAUCUGUCAAUGCCAAAACCAAAAACCUCAAACCCUCAUUUCCCAACUUUAAAUGCUGUAGAAAUCCUGGUGUUUGGGGGGAAAACUAAAUGCUGGUUGCGUUUAGCAUGCAACUAUACUCAGAGGACAGACUUGUAUGCUCUCACCUCAGACUUGACAAAGCUCAUAGCUCUGUAAAUUAAAUAUGCAUUAAAAAAAAGGCAUCACCUUGAAGUACCUUCCCGGUAUUUGCUCCAAGGCACAACAUGCGCUCUUGACUGAAAACAAGCCUUGCAUUGAUGGAUCGAAUCCGUCACGCUGAACCCAGUUACCAGAAUAAUUAAGGAAAGAGACGGAGAAUAUCUUUUCUCCAGAAAUAUGACAAGUAAAUGAGACUGUGUUAUAUAAAAAGGUCAGGAGUGUUUUUAUAAUAGCCCCUUCGCUUAAAACAAGUGUUCUUUGUCAGCUUUUUUAUGUAUUUUUAAAACCUGCAUGUGUUUCUGGUGUAGUAUUUAUAAGAACUAUUUUAAAAAUAAAGCUUUUGGUAUCCCA